AUGGACACGCCUCCCUCAGCAAACCUCCGAUCGCGAUCCAAACCGUCCCAGAUGGCCACCGCCUCCCCCAACGGCCUCGACAGCCCCUCCGUCGGCGGCGGGAGGAGGAGGACAGCGACUCAGAAGCCACCCUCCUCCUCCUCAGCUCAAGCCGCGCGCAACUCGCCCUUCCUCCCCACGCCCACCGAGGCCCUCGCCCUGUGCGCCUACCCGCUCCUCCUCGUCUUCGGCACCCUCUUCUCCCUGCUGUCCCCCGAGACCCGCGCCGCGCCCUACGACCACGUCGCCCAGACGCACUACGCCCAGGACGCCUCCCUGGCGCCCUCGUACUUUGCGCGCAAGGGCAACCUCUUCAACGUGCUCUUCGUCAAGCGCGGCUGGGCCUGGGUCACGGCCGCCUUCUUCGCCUUUGCGCUGACGCACCCGGCCCUCCGCGGCGCCGCCCGGUCCGCGGCCCGCCUGCGCGCCGUCGCGCGGUACGCGCUCGUCACGCUGUGGUGGGUGCUCGUCACGCAGUGGUGCUUCGGCCCGGCCCUCAUCGACCGCGGGUUCCGGUACACGGGGGGCAAGUGCGACGUCGCCGAGGCCCGGGCCGCGGCCGGCGACGCGGACGCCGCGCAGCUCGUCACGGCGGUGGCGUGCAAGGGCGCCGGCGGCAGGUGGGCGGGCGGGCACGACAUCAGCGGGCACGUCUUCCUGCUCGUGCUGGGCAGCGUCUUCCUCGCGCAGGAGGUCGGGUGGGUGGUGGCGAGGGGCCGGCGGGCGGCUGCUGCUGCUGCCUCCGCCUCUGCCUCGGGAGGAGGAGGGAAAAGAGACGAGCGGAGCGUCGUGAUGCGCGACGGGGCGGUCAAGAGCGCCGAGGUCGAGGCCGAGGCCGAGGGGGCGGCGAGCGCGGCGCACGGGUCCCUGACGCUCGGCGGCAGGCUCGUGGCCGCCGUCGUGGCGCUGAGCCUGUGGAUGCUGCUCAUGACGGCCAUCUACUUCCACACCUGGUUCGAGAAGCUUACGGGGCUGCUGGUGGCGCUGGCGGGACUGUAUGCCGUCUACGUGCUGCCCAGAUCAAUUGCUCUAACAAAUAACUUCCGCUUUCUGCAUCGUGUCGAUCGAGCUUCGUAUGAUGGACCGCACGUGCCAAGCCAUGACCUCAUCGAAGCUAUUCCCGCCGCCCCACGACACACUUUUGUCUCCCAUAUUCAAUUGAACUUCCCCCGCGACCGACUUCCCUCACGACGCGCCGGACAAAGAGCCAUGGCGCCGAUCAAGGUGCCCAGCAACCUCCCCGAGGUGGUCAGGAGCGCCUUCAACAAGGCCGUGGCCAGCGGCGACGUCACGCACUACGCGACGCAGGUCGUCGUUCUCACAGUCAACUCCAUCCCCGUACGCCCUCCUCGACUCUCGACCCUCGCCCCUUGGUGA